GCAGGCCCGCGCGGCUUUACGCCGCUGACGCAGCGCGCCCAAGAUGGCGGCGCGGUCGUCGUCGGGGGUGGCGGUGGCAGAGGGGGCGGCGGCCGUGGCGGCAGCGGGGACGGCAGCCGUGACGGCGGCGGCGGCGCGGGGCCUGGGCCGGGGGGAAUGAGGCAGCCGUGGCGGGCCAGCGGCCGAACCGUGUAGCGGAGAAGCGGCUCUCCCUCCCUGCUUCCCUUGGCCGAGCCGGGGACGCGCGCGCGCGCCGCCGUCCGGAGCGGGCUCCCCACCCUCCACUCCCGCGACCCGCACAGCACCCCCACCCGGGCCCGGAGGAUGAUGAAGCUCAAGUCGAACCAGACUCGCACCUAUGACGGCGACGGGUACAAGAAGCGGGCCGCGUGCCUGUGUUUCCGCAGCGAGAGCGAGGAGGAGGUGCUACUCGUGAGCAGUAGUCGCCAUCCAGACCGAUGGAUUGUCCCUGGGGGAGGCAUGGAGCCCGAGGAGGAGCCAAGCGUGGCAGCAGUCCGUGAAGUCUGUGAGGAGGCUGGAGUAAAAGGGACAUUGGGAAGAUUAGUUGGAAUUUUUGAGAACCAGGAGAGGAAGCACAGAACGUAUGUGUAUGUGCUUAUUGUCACAGAAGUGCUGGAAGACUGGGAAGAUUCCGUUAACAUUGGAAGGAAGAGAGAAUGGUUUAAAAUAGAAGACGCUGUCAAAGUGCUGCAGUACCACAAGCCGGUGCAGGCGUCGUAUUUUGAGACGUUGAGGCAAGGCUACUCGGCCAACAACGGCACCCCGGUCUUGGCCACCACGUACUCGGUUUCUUCCCAGAGCUCCAGGCCAGGCGUCAGAUGACUGAAGACUUCGCGUAAGAGGAAUGGAAAUUGGAAACUAGACUGGGGCGCAGAUCUUCCCUCCCUUGCUCUUUUCACCUCUCCUCACAGGCCUCCUCUCCAAAUAAGGCAUGAUGGGCAGCAGAGAAAGGGGUUCUUGAUGGUGUUGCUAUUUGGUGUUAAGUGAUGGGCUUUUUCUUCUCUUUUUAUGGAGGGGGUGGGGGGUGGGUGUGUAAUUUGUAAGUACUUUUGUGCAUGAUCGGUCCCUCCCUUUCACACCCCUACGAUUGUCUAGAGAGACAGACAGCCUUCCCUCAGCCUUGGAUUCUGAAGUGUUCCUGUUUGUCUCACCCCAGCCCUGGCCAGACUUUUUUUUCUUUGAUUUUUAAUUUUUUUUUAAUUAAAAGAUACCAGUAUGAGAUGAAACCUUUCAAGAAUUUGUCCUCUAAUGAGCUGUUCAGUCCAGGAGGUUGGUCACUUCCCCCGGCAGGGUACAUUUAUCUACACAUUAUAUACUGGGCAUAUAAUAUGUAAAUAAAUGACUUUUAGAAGAGGAAUUUAACUGUUUAAUUUUUCAAGGUUUUGUUUCGUUUUUUAAAUUCGGGGUGUUUCUGAAAUGGAGAGCCUCGCAGUUAAUUUCCCUUUUUGUUUUUUGAUGCUAGUGGCUAGGUAAGUGUCCCUGUCCCCUCUCUUUUCCCCAGUCACUGACUGUAGUUACAUAGGGUACGGAAAGAGUUUAGCUACCUUUGUAGCACUCCCAGAACUCAUGGCCUUCUCAAAGUUGUGUUUCCAUUGCCAAGAAAGACAUAGAAAGAAACCAAUUUUCUUUUCUAUUACCAACCCGGGAGCAAAUGGCCUCUGCUCAGACCUGGAGAAACAAUGAUAGAGAUUGGAGUCCUCUGUACAUGUUGACAGUAGGGAUUUGAACUGGAUUCUUGGGAUCACUAUCUAAAAAUCUAGAGCAUCAAGCACUGUUUCUGUCCUGCGGGUUGGAAUUUUUUCCAUUAUGCUACUUAACCGCCAACAGUGGCUUCUCUCCUCGUGCAUCCAUGCCUUACACCGUGCUGAACUGGACAUUGUCCUUGUGCAGAAUCAUCCGCUGGCCCGGGCCAGUGCAGGCGUAUGGUCCCAUCCCCUCCUUGGGUGACCAUGUUUAAGUUCCCGAAAAUUACACGGGAGGAUGAUCCAGGUGUGUGCUUAUCUUUGCGAUGUGACAGCACUUGGAAUUGCACCAUGGAGCAUGCUCAGAAAUAGUCAGUGUGUCUCCUCCUGAGAUGUGAAAGGUCCAUCUUCUGCUGAGAAGUGGCAUGGGAGAACGCUGGGUGGUUGACUAGAACGACAUCGCGCAUAAGCCCGCUGCAGACUCGUGUUGGUUUUUGAUACAGGCUUUGUGCUGGCUUCGUUUGCCAGUUGUGUCAUUUAGUUGGGAAGUAAGCAGAACAGGGUCUUGAGAUGGAGUGGUGAGUCUAGGAGAGCGGACACUGUCAGUCCCUGGCUUAGGACAUGUCGUUAGUGGCAUCUUCCUUUGUCAACAUGUAGACAGGAUGUGAAAUGAAAAUCGUAGUUUUCUUUAUUUAAAAAUUCUAAUAAAUACUCAAACUUUGAAAAGCUUUUGCUCUUCCCUCCCACUAAAAGAGAUGUAUGUAUACAUAUAUAUAUAAAGAUGUAGGCCUGUGUCAUUCAGUGUUCAACAUUUUGAGGGGACAUCUUUCGAAGAACUUUAAAUUUC